GAGACCGCGCUACGGCGGCCGGCUGGGAACAAGGCGCGGGGGAGGCGAAGCGAGGCGGGAGCGGUUGGGAAGAUGCUGGAGGCGGCGGCUGCUGCAGCCGCGGCCGCUGAUCCCGAGCUGGAUCCCGAGGAUUUGGUGCAUUUCUCGGUGGGCGAUUUGCCCAGCCGCGGUUACGGCGUGAUGGGCGAGAUCCGGCGGCAAGGCAAGCUCUGCGAUGUGACCCUCAAGGUAGGAGACCAUAAAUUCAGCGCUCACCGGAUCGUGCUGGCAGCUUCCAUCCCCUACUUCCAUGCCAUGUUCACCAACGACAUGAUGGAGUGCAAGCAGGAUGAGAUUGUCAUGCAGGGGAUGGAUCCCAGUGCGCUGGAGGCCCUGAUCAACUUUGCCUACAACGGACACCUGGCCAUAGACCAGCAGAACGUCCAGUCCCUGCUGAUGGGGGCCAGUUUCCUCCAGCUGCAGAACAUCAAAGAUGCUUGCUGCACAUUCCUCAGAGAGAGGCUGCACCCCAAGAACUGCCUGGGCGUGCGGCAGUUCGCCGAGACCAUGAUGUGUGCCGUGCUCUACGACGCUGCCAACAGCUUCAUCCACCAGCACUUCGUGGAGGUGUCCAUGUCUGAAGAGUUCCUGGCACUGCCUUUUGAGGAUGUCCUGGAGCUUGUCUCUAGGGAUGAGCUCAACGUGAAGUCUGAAGAGCAGGUCUUUGAGGCUGCCUUGGCCUGGAUCCGAUACGACCGGGACCAGAGGGAGUCCUUCCUGCCGGAGCUGCUCUCCAGGAUCCGCCUGCCCCUUUGCAGGCCUCAGUUCCUCACCGACCGUGUGCAGCAAGACGACCUGGUCCGCUGCUGCCACAAGUGUAGGGACCUGGUUGAUGAGGCCAAGGACUACCACCUGAUGCCGGAGCGCCGGCCGCACCUCCCUGCCUUCAAGACGCGCCCUCGGUGCUGCACGUCCAUCGCGGGACUCAUCUACGCCGUUGGAGGUCUCAACUCAGCAGCAAAUUUCUAUGCAGGUGACUCUCUGAACGUGGUGGAGGUGUUUGACCCCAUUGCCAACCGGUGGGAGAAGUGCCAGCCCAUGGCCACCGCCCGCAGCCGGGUGGGGGUGGCGGUGCUCAACGGCCUGCUCUACGCCAUCGGCGGCUACGACGGCCAGCUGAGGCUCAGCACUGUGGAGGUUUACAACCCAGAGGCAGAUUCCUGGUCCAAAGUGGAGAGUAUGAACAGCAAGAGAAGUGCCAUGGGAACGGUGGUGCUGGAUGGUCAGAUCUAUGUCUGCGGUGGAUAUGAUGGAACCUCUUCCCUCAACUCUGUGGAGUCCUAUUCUCCAGAAACAAACAAGUGGACAGUGGUGACCCCCAUGAGCUCCAACCGCAGCGCUGCUGGCGUCACCGUCUUCGAGGGCCGCAUCUACGUGUCGGGAGGUCACGAUGGCCUGCAGAUCUUCAGCAGUGUGGAGUACUACAACCACCACACGGCCACCUGGCACCCGGUCUCCAGCAUGCUCAACAAGCGCUGCCGCCACGGCGCCGCCUCCUUGGGCAGCAAGAUGUUCGUCUGCGGGGGUUACGACGGCUCCGGCUUCCUCAGCGCGGCCGAGGUGUACAGCUCCGUGGCAGACCAGUGGUACCUCAUCGUGCCCAUGAACACCCGGCGCAGCCGCGUCUCGCUGGUGGCCAACUGCGGCCGCCUCUACGCGGUGGGCGGCUACGACGGACAGUCCAACCUCAGCUCGGUGGAGAUGUACGACCCCGAGACGAACCGGUGGACGUUCAUGGCCCCCAUGGUGUGCCACGAGGGAGGCGUGGGGGUGGGCUGCGUUCCCCUGCUGACCAUCUGAGGAGGAGAAGGAGCGGCGGGCGGGGACGCGCACACACACGCACACACACACGCAUCCACUCCCAUCUUCUCGGUGACGAUCGGAGGAGAGCUCCGUGCUGAGCUGGCUGCUGCUGCGCGGGUGCCCUUUGCAGCCGCCGGGGUGGCGCAGGCACACCCACCCCAGCAACACCUGACUUAGCAACCUCCCACCCUUCGCGUUUCUUGGGGAGAGGGGGUUGAGGCUCCUGAAAGAUCCUGAGCUGUGUCUCCAUGCUGGUUCCACCUACCCAUCUUCCUCCUCCUCCUCCACCACCACCUUUGCUGGCAGCUGUGGGUGAGCAAAUCCUUCCUCUCGCCGUUGAGGUUCUCCAAACACGCUGCGGUCUGAUUGCAGCUGCACCCUUGGGAAGUGCCCUUCUAGGAGGCUUCAUUGUGUGCCACAGCUUGGCCCUCGCAUUGUGACAUCCCAACGGCCACCUUGGUGGCUUUGCAAAUGGGUCUGUGCCUUCCAGCAGCAGCAGCAAAGUGGCUCUGACACCCCAAGGCUUCCUUCUUUGGCUUUUGCAGUGACUCUGCUGCUGGGCACCAACUGGUCUCACCUGGCUUAGUGACAGAGGACAAACACCCCCCCAGGGUCAGUUCCUGGACCAAGCUCUGCUCUUUAAGGUGCUUCUUGCACAAGACCUCGUUUGGGCUUCUUGAAGCAGAAGCUUCCUUCGGCUCGGUGGGGAAUACUUCUCCGCAAGAGCCACAGGAUGGAGAAACUAGGAAGAGGAGAAGUGGCCAGUUAAACCCUCAGAGCAUCUUCAGCAAGCUCUGGAGGAGAAGCUGAGGACACUCAACAACACUAAGGACCAGGCUGAGGACCUCAGGAUGGCCUAGGUGGAAAGGUAUCCCUGAAGUUCAACACAUCGACUCUGAAAACACAUCAGUACGAGGCAGCUGGAGCAGAGCGUGGCCAGCAGCUUCCAGCUUGGGCAAGGAAAACCCUGGUUGAGUUGGUCACCUGCUGUCCCAGCCUGAGGAACUGCUGUCCCUGCUGGGGACAGGGCCAUCUCAGGCAGCACAGGCAGUGAAAUCCUGUGUGGGAGACACAGGGUGAGCAGCUCUGCCAGGGGUUGGGGGGCAGCUGGGGGGGUGUCGGUGGAGCUGGCACAAGUGUGGCGCUGGUGGGAUCCACACAGCUGGUGGGUUUGUGGUACUUGGGCCAUCUUUGCCUGCAUCAGCUCUUCUCCUGCAUGAAUGUGAGCCACCACAUCCCUCUGGGAUUCUCCUCCACACCUUUGUCCUGCCUUCAGCAAAGCCCAGGGACAUGCACUUGACACUAAUCCCACCAGCAGCACCGAAGGGACGAGGACCUCACCCCUCGUCCUGCCUGAUCCCAGUAUUUUGGGGUGCUCAGAGCCUUCUCCUCCUUCUCUUGUGAGGUGCUGGGAAGUUCACCCCAGCCCUAUCCUCUGCUUGUUGCUAGCUGUGGCCUUCCUUUUGGGUGUACAUGUGGCUGUCUAAAUGUUGGGGUACUCUGUGUAGCUGAGGUAUGUGAUGAGCUCUUAACGUGACGUGGCAGUAGCUGUCUGCUUCCCUCCAUCUCCACUGUCCAUCAGCUGCUGGCUUCACUGGAGGGGGCCUUCAUUUGGGGGUUUCCAUGCUGCUAAGACUUGAAAAAGGACUCAACCACCCCACCUGCCACCAGUGGAACCAGGAUGAAGUCACUUAAGGCCAUGAAUGACAGAAAUAAGCCUGCUGGAGCCACCAUGAAGGCUCUGCAGAAGGACCAGCCUCUGAGGGAAGGGAUCACGGUGCAUUUUUCUAUCUCUUCCCCCUGAUUUCUCCCGGCUCAAAGUGCUGCUGGAGGGAGCUGUGAAGCUCCCAUGGCCUCAGCCCUGCUUUUUCUCUCCCACCCCUCAGCAUCUUGCUGUCCCCCGUGGUCACCUUGUGCAGGGGAAGCUUUGAGAAGCACAAUGCUGGUCUCAGUUGUCCCAUCUCAUGUCCCUUCUGCCUCCCAGCUGGGGCUUUGUGGCCAGCAGCAGGUGAAUAUUUGGCUCAGAUGUGCUUGGAUGAGAUCUUUCAGUGGCUCAAAGACCUGCCAAAGCUGGGACUGGGAGUGACCUGCAGGCUCCUGAGCUGCUGCUACUGCUGCUCAGCACCACGGUGGUCCCAGUGGACUUGGACAUCCCUUUGGUGUUUCAUUCCCUUGGGGAGUCCUUUGCUUUUUUCCUCACUGUGGAUGGACCAAAGAGAAAAGGCAGCUCCUGGCCCUGCAGCACCUCCAGCCUCAGCCCCAAAGUGUCUCUAAGAGGACAGAAAAAAGAGGAAUUUGGGGGAAGCCAAGCCCUAAAUCAGCCAGGGGAUGGAAGCUGGGAGAGCAGGAUCCAGUGGCUGCCAUCCCACAUCCUGGAAUUCCAGGAAAACAACCCAAAUCCUGCAGAACUCAUUAAAGAUCCUCAUCAUUCCA